UGUGACUCAGUCAGUCAGAGAGGAACAUAUUUAACACUUUGAGUGUGUGCCGAUCGCUGAGGGGAAACAACAGCAAGUGGACUCACACACACAUUUAAGAAGUACUGACAACAUUCAGGCGUUCCACAAGACCGACUACAAACGGUCAAACGGAGGAAUGGGGGGGGUCCUUCCGGGGUCCUUCCUGCCCCGAGCCGCUCCGCCAAGCCGCCUGACGUAAACCGACCACCGGAGGAAGAAAACGGUAGAUUAACCCCCGUAAUCCUCCUCGAAACCGACCGGGUCCCGGGAGUCAUGAUGGGCGGUAGGACCAGCGCGUUAGCUGCGGGGGUGUGCGGCGCUCUGCUCGUCGGUUACUGCAUCUACUUCGACAAGAAGAGACGGAGUGACCCCAACUUCAAGAACGGGCUGCGGGAACGUUCUCCACAGGGUCCAUCAGCUGAUGUCUCUUCAGUCGUGAAGCUGUCAGAUGAGGCUCCAGGGCGGAGAAAGCAGAAGGCAACCAAAGAGACGGCGGGCAUGGCAAAGCUCCCAGACCUGAAGGACGCUGAGGCGGUGCAGAAGUUCUUCCUGGAGGAGAUCCAGCUGGGGGAGGAGCUGCUGGCUCAGGGAGACUAUGAGAAAGGCGUGGACCACCUGACCAACGCCAUCGCCGUGUGUGGUCAGCCUCAGCAGCUGCUGCAGGUGCUGCAGCAGACUCUGCCUCCGCCCGUCUUCCAGAUGCUGCUCACCAAGCUGCCCAGCAUCAGCCAGCGUAUUGUGAGCGCACAGAGUCUGAGCGAGGACGAUAUAGAAUGAGGACCAGGAGGAGACGACCCCCUCACCCUCCUCUUCCUCUUCCUCAUGUGGACCUUCCAUGACGACCCUGCCAACGCCUCGGCCUCCAUCACUCCGGCCGACGUCCAUCACUUCCUGAAGUGGAAUUAGUUUUUUAUUCCUGGUUUAUCCAUGACAGUAGUGUAUUUUUUUGUUUGUUUUUUUAACUUAAAUUACCCGUUUUGGGGUAUUAAGAGCAUCUGGAUCAUAGCGGCCAGAGAAAUACAAGAGCCCGUCCCCCCUCCACCGUCAUUAGGUGUGCACUCAUUGAGUGGAGCUGCUCCUUCCUACAGGGUGGUGCAGCACGCGUCCCGACAGCAUCACGUACCGGGGUUACACCGCCUGUUUGUACCAACCGUCUUCAUGGUUCCUUUUAUCAGUCGUGGAACGUUCCAGAAACAGGAAUCUUCUGCUCCACAAAGUAUUUAUUGUUUGAUUUUUUUUUUUUUUUGUCAUCGGUCGUCUUUCUGUUCGUUCUCGACUUGCAAACACUUUAUUAAAAAAGUGAUGAAAUGUUUUGUUUUGUCAUUUUAAAAGAGGACGACGCUCUUUAGGAAAAUAAAAAAAAUGUGAACAGAC